UUAUUAUUGUCAAAUUGAACAAAUACUUUUUUGGGGCCAAAUAGCAAAGAUGAGUCAAAUAGCAAAAUGGUUUGGCAGAACUGCGCAUGUGUACGGGCGUUCGAUGGGCGGGGCCAAGGGUGUCUUUACUUAAACAGAGAAUCAGCUGACACUUUCACCUCACUGUAUCCAGAGCACGAGCGCUGUUUUACACUGCUGCUUCAUGUGAACAGGGCGGAGCUGAAGGUCCUCAAUGUACUCAAGGACAUCUGCUCUCCAACAGCUGUGUCGUCUUUCAGAACGCACAGCAACAAGUAAAUGAGACUUCAGUCCCCCAAAUAAAAAAGGUGGAGGUCACCUCCGCUCUCCCCACCAUGACAGAGUGCAGAGUUGACCAUCAGCGGACCGAAUCCUGCUUAUGAGCAUCACACACAUGAAAUCCGCAGCUCGAGAUAAAGCCCCAUAUGACGCAGCAGGGCUCUCCACGGCACUGAUGCCAUAUUAAAGCCCGCCGCCCUCCACCCACACCAUCAAUCUGAUGUGGAGAUCGAAGAUAGGAGGGCUCACAUGACUCCACUCCAGACUGGAAGGCGAGGAGAAGUGUGGCAUCUUCCAGCAUCAGCACUGCCACAGCUGGCGCAGCUCAUCCAUGCGCUCUCCCCAUAACGGCGGACAAUAGGAGGAAAUAUUCACGUUUUUCCCUGGAUUUGGAUCAGAGUCUGCGGAUGAGCAGCGAUGGGGGAAUGGACCAUACUAGAGAGGCUCUUGGAGGCUGCUGUCCAGCAGCACUCCACUAUGAUCGGAAGGAUCCUACUAACUGUGGUGGUGAUCUUCCGGAUCCUAAUCGUAGCUAUAGUGGGAGAGACGGUGUAUGACGACGAGCAGACCAUGUUCGUCUGUAACGCCUUACAGCCGGGCUGCAACCAGGCGUGUUACGACAAAGCCUUCCCUAUAUCGCACAUCAGAUAUUGGGUCUUUCAGAUCAUAAUGGUCUGCACGCCGAGCCUCUGCUUCAUCACGUACUCGGUCCACCAGUCGGCCAAGCAAAAGGAGCGACGUUAUUCCACCGCCACCGUCUUCCUCACGCUGGAUAACAAGGAGCAGGAUUCCCUGAAACGGGAGGAGGCCAAGAACCAGAAGAUCAAGAACACCAUCGUGAACGGAGUACUGCAGAACUCGGAGAACUCCACCAAAGAAGCCGAGCCCGACUGCAUGGAGGAAAAGGAACUGACCAGCUCGGGCAAGAAACCGGGCAAGUCCAAAAUGAGACGGCAGGAGGGCAUCUCCAGGUUUUACAUCAUUCAGGUGGUGUUCAGAAACGCUCUGGAGAUCGGCUUCCUGGUGGGCCAGUAUUUCUUGUACGGAUUCAACGUGCCCGCCGUGUACGAGUGCGACCGAUACCCGUGCAUCAAGGAGGUGGAGUGUUACGUGUCCAGGCCCACGGAGAAAACCGUGUUCCUCGUCUUCAUGUUCGCGGUCAGCGGCUUUUGCGUGGUCCUCAAUCUGGCCGAGCUCAAUCACUUGGGCUGGAGGAAGAUCAAAGCGGCCGUGAGGGGCGUGAGGGCCCGCAGGAAGUCCAUCUACGAGAUCCGGAACAAGGAUUUGCCCCGGAUGAGUAUGCCCAAUUUCGGCCGCACUCAGUCCAGUGACUCCGCCUACGUGUAAGCGCGCGGAACGAGCAACCGAAGCCUGCGCGCCGCCGAGAUCGAGAGCGUGGACGAGUGCCGUCGCCACGUAAGGUUCAUGAAUUGCAAGAACACGGGGUAGGACUUUUUUGUUACUGUUUUAAAGACUUCCUUGACAACUGUGGACGACGACAAACACGUUUGUAAAGCGGUUCACUACUGUAUAAUGCAACUUUUUAGCAACGUUUGUACUCUGAGACGUACACAAAGAGCAAAUGCUGAUACCCGAAUGCGUAUUGCCUCUCUAUAAGCUGCGGUGACACUUUACAUGACACUGUCCACGUUGCGCAGAAUGCAUGCUAUACGAUUCAUUACAAUAAGCCACGAGCGGCUCGGCGACAGCUGGCGUGACGUGAACGCUGGCAUGUGAAGUGUGACCGAAGAAGCUGCUCUGCUGUACUUGAAGGGAGUAAAUACGUCUUGCACUAAAAAGUUUGUGUGACGCGACGCACAUCGGGAGAGUCUUGACACACCGUUCAUCGCUUCUGCUAUGAUUUCUUUCUUUUCUGGUUGCCUGUACUGCACCAUUGACCUUAACGUAGACUAUGUGAUUAACUCCAUUGCAGAUUUUCUGUUCUGUCUUUCAUGUGUGUGUGUGUGUGAGAGAGAGCAGGGGUGAAUUUGCUGCAAAUGCUUAAAGUCUGUGAUCUCCUUAAUUUUUUAACACCAAAGCGCCCUCUGCUUUCAUUGGUGACUUGUUUUUUUGUUUUUUUCGCGCUUAAGUGUAAUCAAGUGCCAUACUUGUAUAUAAAUAUAUGCAUAUAUACAUAUAAAAUCUAUUCUGAAGAAUAUAACCAUAUCCAUAAAGCAGAUUUAUUGCUUGAAUUAUGCGUACUGCGUCCAGACUUGCUUUAGCUGUAUUCGUUGUAAAUGAACUGAAAAUGGCAUAAUGCAUUCUUUCUUCUCCAUCGUUUGGAAAAAUAAUCUUUUCCUACACAGGACAGCCAUCUUUUCUUGCUAACAAAUGACUCGUCCUCAGCAAUGUUUUCUGCUCUGGUGCUGGUUUUUCACCAAACAGUUCCAGCAAUAUUUGUAAGCCGGAUAGUUUCUUUUUGGGAUUGACGUACCAUUGACAAGCCCACGCCUGCUGUAUCUCUGACGAUGCAAGCGUGUACGGGCGAGCGUUACGAACUGGUUUAAGGCCUAAAAUCCGGUGCAUUACUCAAGAUGUCAUUUGUUUCCAUUUGAAUGAUUCUUUACGAUUAUGCCACCGUAUAUUUAUGACAAGCAAAUGCGUGCACAGAGAGGAGACGUUCUCUGCAUUUCUGAGCUUGAAGGGAAAGCAUUGCAUGUUUAAGAACUUACAUCUGGACAAUUUGAGCUAGGGGAUGAAAUCUAUGCGGCGUUUGCUCGAGUAUUGAUGCGUCACCCCACACCGACGCCUCCCGACGCUUAAGAACUCGCACCGGGGAAUGUUUCACGACUCGAAGGUCACCGAGGACAAAGAACAGUUCGGAUCAUCCCGAGGGGUCGGCCAUCUCGGGGUGUUCUGGACAGGGCGGACGGGAAUGGCUUGGCUGUACAGUGCGAUCUUCCCUUUUCUCUCAGUUCUCCCUCUCUCCUUGGAUAAGCAUUCCAGGACUCCUCCGAGAUUUGUACAAGUUUGCGGAGAAACGAAAGCCCGGAGCAAUCUAAAACGGACUGUGCUGGACCUGAAAGAGCGAAGCUUUAAUAAAACAUGAACUGGUAUCUUUCUUGCCUUAUAUGUACUGCAGUAUCCCCCCCUUCCCUCACCGUCUCUCAUUCUCCCCGUGCAUUUUCUGCAAGAGCCGACGUGGUUUUUACAGCUCCUCCUAAAUGACAAAAUGAUUGGGUUAUGUAUGAAUGUAAUUCUGCAUGCUGUGAUGUGUCAUACAUCAUGUGAGCGUUGGAGGCUUGGUUACACGAUGCGGUCGAGCGACCGACAGACAGACAGACAGACAGACAGACAGAGAGACACUUGAGAUGCGCUGCGCACGCUGACAUGUCUCCACUGCUGCUGCCUUUUGCUGAGUUAAAACCAACAAAAAAUGUCUUGUUCAUUUAUCAGGCCUGAGAUGACAAAACACCUUAGCAUGGGAUGCCAUUACUUCAGGUACACAAACCAAGAGAAAUCGAGGGUGUUGUUUGGUUCUGAUUCCUUUCUAGGAGCCAUCGUCUGAAAGAUUCUCCCCGGAGCUUUGCCAUCUGAAAGAGAACGACGGUAUGAGUGUGUAAUGUCGCAUAUAAAGUCUCAUUGUAAUUUUAUCUUGAUCGAUUUGCAUAUUGAUAAAAAGGGCCUUGCAUGUAGUGAACGCAGAAAACGCCAGGCUGUUCCGUUCUGAGCCUCCAGUCCUUGUGGUUUUGAGGAUGUGUAAACUGAAUGAAAUGAAGAUGGAUGAUAUACUGUGAAUUAAAUCCACUUCUUUACAAAGAUGGUGAUAUAAAUGAUCAGCCUGAUCUUUUGUUUUCUUACUGCACACACACACACACACACACACACACACACUCAUGCCGCCCCUCUGAGAUUUCAUUGAACUGCAGUGUCCUGGAAGGGCUGCGCAGAAACUCUGCAAUGCACAACUGCUCUCACCUGCACAUCUCUGAACACCGCCAUUGGAAAUCUCUUCAGUGUAUAUGUUUUGUGUGUGCGUGUGUGUGUGUGUGUGUGUGUGUGUGCGUGUGUGUUAGUUUGGAUACAGAAGAGUAGCACAAAUGUCAAAAAAUGAUCUUAUCUAACGACUGUUAAACGGGGCGAUGGGGUCCAUAUAUCAGUAGUGUAUAUUAGUGUUUGUCAUUAAAGUAUUGUGUAAUUCAUUUGAUGUGGAUAGAUUUCCAAACUAACACAAAGAGCUAUUAAUAAAAAGAAAUGAAUCAUUUAAAAUA